GAAACUGAACGAAAUUAUUCUUCAAGCGACCACGAGAGUACGUGGUGCGUGCGGAGCAGAAAAACAAAUUUUAUAGUACUAAGUAAAAUAAGUUCACAUAAAACAAAAUGAGGGAAAUCGUGCAUAUCCAAGCCGGACAAUGCGGUAACCAGAUUGGAGCCAAGUUCUGGGAAAUCAUCUCGGACGAGCACGGCAUCGACCCCACCGGCGCCUACCAUGGCGACUCCGACCUGCAACUGGAGCGCAUCAACGUAUACUACAAUGAGGCCUCCGGCGGCAAGUACGUGCCCCGCGCCAUCCUGGUCGACCUUGAGCCCGGUACCAUGGACUCUGUGCGCUCGGGACCCUUCGGACAGAUCUUCCGACCGGACAACUUCGUGUUCGGACAGUCCGGCGCCGGCAACAACUGGGCCAAGGGACACUACACCGAGGGCGCUGAGCUAGUCGAUUCAGUAUUAGACGUCGUACGCAAGGAAGCAGAGUCAUGUGAUUGCCUCCAAGGAUUCCAACUCACACACUCGCUCGGCGGCGGCACUGGUUCCGGUAUGGGCACACUUCUUAUCUCCAAAAUCAGAGAGGAAUAUCCCGACAGAAUUAUGAACACAUACUCAGUUGUACCUUCGCCCAAAGUGUCAGACACAGUAGUAGAACCUUACAACGCCACACUAUCAGUCCACCAGUUAGUAGAAAACACAGACGAGACCUACUGUAUCGACAACGAGGCCCUAUACGACAUCUGCUUCCGCACGCUCAAACUGUCCACACCCACGUACGGCGACCUCAACCACCUGGUGUCGCUCACCAUGUCCGGCGUGACGACGUGUCUGCGGUUCCCUGGUCAACUGAAUGCGGAUCUCCGCAAGUUGGCAGUCAACAUGGUGCCGUUCCCGCGUCUCCACUUCUUCAUGCCCGGAUUCGCUCCCCUGACAUCUCGCGGCAGCCAGCAAUACCGCGCCCUCACCGUGCCCGAGCUCACGCAACAGAUGUUCGACGCCAAGAACAUGAUGGCGGCGUGCGACCCCCGCCACGGCCGCUACCUCACCGUGGCCGCCAUCUUCCGUGGCCGCAUGUCCAUGAAGGAGGUGGACGAGCAGAUGCUCAACAUCCAGAACAAGAACUCGUCAUACUUCGUCGAAUGGAUCCCCAACAACGUGAAGACCGCCGUGUGCGACAUCCCGCCCCGCGGUCUCAAGAUGGCCGCCACCUUCAUCGGCAACUCGACCGCCAUCCAGGAGCUGUUCAAGCGCAUCUCGGAGCAGUUCACCGCUAUGUUCAGGCGCAAGGCUUUCUUGCAUUGGUACACUGGCGAGGGUAUGGACGAGAUGGAGUUCACCGAGGCGGAGAGCAACAUGAACGAUCUGGUGUCCGAGUACCAGCAGUACCAGGAGGCCACCGCCGACGAGGACGCGGAGUUCGAUGAGGAACAGGAGCAGGAGAUCGAAGACAACUAAGCACUCACACCCCUUGUCCCCCCAACACCCUAAUACCCCUGCUCCCCGAUCCGAGCGUCCGGCGCGUCGCACGGGACGUCUUUUGA